AUGAUUCGAUGGAUCAUCGUCUCACUUUUUAUAUUACUGGAAAGAUCGCAGGUAGUUUUGAAAACAAAGUUCAAGAAGAAAUUUAUUUUCUGAAAAAAAAUCUUAUAUGGUAAUGGUUUUCAGCUUGUGGGUGUAAUCAGUAACCCUAGACUCCUAGGCCUUGUUCUUGAGCCCAGGGCUUUAGGUCAUAGGUUUUAAUUUUAACAUUCAUAAAUGUUCAAUAGUUAGAAUAAGUAAUUUCAGAAGUUCUGAUUUUUUUCAACACUGAAAAUCUGAAAAUAAUUUGCUGACUAUAAAAAUAAUCUUCCAAAAAUUUCCUAGAGAUAUCAAGAUCAAAAAUAUUUUCCGUAAUUGUUUUUAAUUCUUAUAGUCCAAUGUUCUAAACCAAACUACCUUACCUCUAGUUUCUGAUAAAAAUUUCAACCUGACCCAACAUCAGAACCAUCACAUGUUUCCCUUAUCACAAACAAGUUCUCGUAAUUAAGACGAUUCAAUUAAAAUUUAUGAGAAAAAUCGAAAAAUGAUCUCUCUACUUCAUUUUCCAGGCAAUUAAACCAUUUUCAGGCACGUGAUUGUGGCAUACCUCCAAAUUUGGCAGAAUUUCCAGACUUUGCACGGGAAGAAAUAAAGGAGAUUUGGUUGGUAGAAAACAUUAGAGGAUUAGAACAAAGUUAUUUAAUUUCAGGAGAAAUUAUGUGCCUGGAACUGUGUGUCAAAGAGAGCUGGAUAUUGAGAAAGAUAUUUUAGAUGUUAUCAAAACUUUUGAUUCAGGUAAGUCUUUGAAAGUUAUGCGCUUAUCGGAAAUAAUUAUUACAGAUGCCUCCAAUAACAGCUCCCCUAAAAAACAAGAAGUUGUCUCAACAAAAAUUCGAAGAGAAGAAGAUUAUGAUCAGAUUGCUGUGAGUUCAAUUAACUAACUUCUGAUAAAUUACAGAUAUUUUUCCAGUCGAAUGGUGGGACACCAAUUCCAUUAUUAUCACCCGCACCAAAUUCAAUCAAUAAUGUUCAAAGAAGUGUGUCCGAUUUGAGUAUUGGAGAUGAUUAUAUUGAUCAGGUUUUGACUAAUUUAGUACAUAAGUUUUUUUUGAAGUGCUAAUUUUUCAGACAACAUUUGAUGAUGUUGCAAUGAUGCAAUUUGAUCAUGUAAAAGCACCGUUUCUUCGAACUGUUAGCAAUUCAGUUCGACGAGAGUUUGAAAAAGUUUGGAACGAUGAUAAUAUUCCUAGUGAAUCCUUGAGAAGUUUGAAGGUAAAAAUAACAUUAUUUUUAGAUGGAAAAAACAAGAGCAUUGGAAUUUUUUUAGAUUCAAACAUUAGCGGUAUCAUUGUUGACCGGAAAACAGUUAUCCGAAUAUAAUCGAUGGGCUACAAAAAGAAGGAGAGUUCUCAAGGUAAGUUAUCAUUUUUUUUGCGGUUAGAAAAAAAUGAAAUCGUUUCGAAAAUAAAAGAAGUUCAGAAAUCAGUUUUCAAAAAACUAUCACCAAUUUUUUUUUGAAAUUCAUAUUCUAUUCCAAUAUUUUAUGUUUUGAAAUUGUUUUUUCAAUACAAAAACAGUGCCUCUCUAACAUUCUUUGUCACGAGAGUAAACAUAAGAAAAACCAAGCCACAACAAUAUUUUGAUUUUCCCAUAUAAAGUUCACCAUCGAAAUACCAGUCCUAUCCAAUCCAAAUUCAAUAAAUAAAUCGUUUCAUUUUUCUCAGGCCCGUGAACAAGAAAUGCGCGGACUUUCAUUCGACGCAAAACAAACAUUGCGCAAAAUGAGUAGUUUGAAAGGUAAUCCUUUUUGAAUUGUUUCAUAUUCAUUUUCACACGUUUUUUUCUACAGCUCGAGAUCCCGGAGAACAACUUACAGUUCCAAUUGAGGUCAAAAAAGAGCUUUCAACUUUUGUCAGAAAAUUGAAUCGACGACGAAAUUUGAAACUUGUGCAUUAA